CUUCUUCCCCUCUUCAGUCUCUCUCUCUCUCUCCAAAACGUAAAUUUACUCGCAGACACACAGAAGAGAGAGACAGAGAGAGACUCAUCCUCCUCACACAAAACUUACUCCUAUCUCUCUCUAUCUCUUUCUACAUUCUCUGAUGAGUUUCAUGAGUUUGAGGGAGAGACAUUCACAGAAGUAACCCACAUAGGGAGUUUAAACAAAAAAAGACUCGUUUCCUUUUUCUUUUAAAAAACCUUUAGAAGGAAGGAGUUUUUUUGGCUGAUCCUUGUUUGAUAAGAUACUCCUCCCAAGUCACAAGGGUAAUCGAUGUUAAAGACAUUGUUAGUUCAAUGUCUUGUGUUAUUCUUGUUCCUUGUUGGCUCCGUCGCCGCUUCCGCGGAAGACGAUGGCAACUUCUCCAUAUGCAACUGCGACGACGAAGACAGUAUCUUUAGCUUCGAGUCAAUCCUCGAAUCUCAAAAAGUCGGCGACUUUCUCAUCGCUAUCGCUUACUUCUCAAUCCCAAUCGAGCUUCUCUACUUCGUCAGCCGCACCAAUGUGCCUUCCCCUUACAAUUGGGUCGUCUGCGAGUUUAUUGCCUUCAUUGUUCUCUGUGGCAUGACCCAUUUGCUCUCUGGUUUCACCUACGGUCCUCACUCUCCUUGGGUCAUGACUGCUGUCACCGUCUUCAAGAUGCUCACUGGGAUUGUCUCUUUCCUCACCGCUCUCUCGUUAGUCACUCUCUUACCAUUGCUUCUCAAGGCUAAGGUUCGUGAGUUUAUGUUGAGUAAGAAAACUAGAGAGCUUGAUCGUGAGGUUGGCAUCAUUAUGAAGCAGACUGAGACUAGUUUGCAUGUUCGUAUGCUUACUACCAAGAUUAGGACGUCUCUCGAUCGACACACCAUCUUGUACACGACGCUUGUGGAGUUGUCUAAGACGUUAGGGCUCAAGAACUGUGCGGUUUGGAUCCCUAAUGAGAUCAAGACGGAGAUGAAUCUUACGCAUGAGCUGAGACCGACGGAUGAUGAUGAUGAUAAUGUGGGUGGUGGUUAUGCUGGGUUCUCUAUACCCAUUACUGAGUCUGAUGUUGUGAGGAUUAAGAGAAGCGAAGAGGUGAAUAUGUUGAGCUCUGGCUCUGCCCUUGCCUCUGUGACUUGCCGAGGCAGACCUGGUCCUACUGUUGGGAUAAGAGUCCCAAUGCUUCGUGUUUGUAACUUUAAAGGUGGAACACCUGAGGCGAUCCACAUGUGUUAUGCGAUCUUGGUUUGUGUGCUUCCUUUGAGACUGGCGAGGAACUGGAAUUAUCAAGAGCUGGAGAUUGUUAAAGUUGUGGCUGAUCAAGUGGCGGUUGCGAUCUCUCACGCUGUGAUUCUUGAAGAAUCUCAGCUUAUGAGAGAGAAGCUUGCGGAACAGAACAGAGUGCUUCAAGUGGCAAGGGAGAACGCGUUGAGAGCUAACCAAGCCAAGGCUGCGUUCGAGCAAAUGAUGAGCGAUGCCAUGAGGCGUCCAGUACGGUCCAUUCUCGGGUUGCUUCCUUUGAUAAUUCAGGACGGGAAACUACCGGAGAACCAGACGGUUAUCGUGGAUGCGAUGAAGAGAACCAGCGAGUUGCUUUUACAGCUUGUGAACAACGCUGGAGAUAUAAACAGCGGCAAAAUACGCGCUGCAGAGACACAUUGUUUUAGUCUGCAUUCGGUCGUGAAGGAAACAGUUUGCUUAGCGAGGUGUUUAUGCGUUGGGAACGGUUUUGGUUUCUCGGCUGAAGUUUAUAGAGCAUUGCCUGAUUAUGUUGUAGGGGAUGAUAGAAGGGUGUUUCAAGUGAUCUUGCAUAUGCUUGGGGUUUUAAUGAACCGAAAGAUCAAAGGGAAUGUGACUUUAUGGGUUGUACCAGAAAUCGGAAACUCGGAAGUAUUAGAUAGGAAAAAUAAUAACCAAGAAGCGGUUUGGCGACAAGGCUAUUCCAAAGAAUAUAUUGAAGUUAGAUUCGGAUUUGAGGUAGCUGCAGAAGGUGAAGAGAGUAGUAGCAGUAGCAGUAAUAGUAGUAACGUGGAGGAGAGUCCGAGUCUCGACAUCUGCGAAAACAUUGUAAAGUAUAUGCAAGGGAAUAUACGGGUUGUGGAGGACGGUGUAGGUUUGGUGAAAAGCCUAUCGGUUGUUUUCAGAUUCCAACUCAGGCGAUCGGUAAUGUCACGAGGAGGUGGAUAUUCUUCUACUAGUCACUGAUCAUUGAGGGGGGAAUGUAGUGGAAAAAAAGACUAAAGGGUGGAAUAUGAGAAUUUGUAAAAAUAGUAGGGGGUUUUGAGAUAACAGAGAGAGAGAGAGAGGUUAAAAACGUUGUCGUAUGGUUGUACAAAAACCUGAAAAUUUAACUAGGUUUAACCUAGGCAAAAAGGUAUGGUUCAGACUUGUUGUUUACUUGUUGCUCGAUAACAGAAUUAUAAAAAGUAAAAAAAAAAUGUGUCCGAGGAUGUACUUUUUUUGUAUAUCUUGUCUCAUCAAUGUAAUGUUUUUGAUUGGAUUAAA